AUGGACGUACCAGGCUUCGCAUUGAUCACGGGAGCAGCCUCAGGCAUCGGAAGAGCAUGCGCGAAAGGCUUCGCAGCCGAAGGCUCCGCCGGCAUCGCCCUACUCGACAUCAACCAAGAAGCCUUAGCAGCCGUCAAGCAAGAAAUCGAGAACGAAAUCAUAAAGCCGAACGGCAAGCCGUGCCAAAUCGAAACCUACACCAUCGACAUCUCCAACGAAGACCAAGUCAUCCAAGUCGUCAACUCCGUCGCCCAAAAGUUCGGCCGCCUCGACUACGCCGUCAACGCCGCCGGCAUCGCCAUGAAACACGAGGGCGGCGCCGCCUUCGCCAAAACACCCGACUGGCAGCGCAUCAUGGACAUCAACCUCAACGGCACCUUCUACGUCCUCAAAGCCGCGGCGCAGAUCAUGCUGAAGCAGGAGCCCAUCCUGUCGUCCAUCGACGGCAGGCCGCUGCAGCGCGGGUCCAUCGUCAAUUUCGGAUCUAUUCAGAGCGUCGUCGGCAUCACGCUGUCGGCGGCGUAUACGACGACGAAGCACGCGGUUAUUGGGCUGACGCGGACGGCGUCGGAGGAUUACGCGAACAAGGGGCUGCGCAUCAAUGCUGUUUGCCCGGGUUACACGGAGACGCCGCUGACGACGAAGAAUCCUGAUGUUGCGAAGGCUAUGGCGGAGAGGGUUAUGACGGCGGUGCCGAUGCAGCGUAUGGGGAAUCCCAAGGAAAUUGCUGAUGGUGUGCUGUACCUGGCUGGUGGAAGGAGCUCUUUUGUCACUGGCUCCGCGCUUAUGGUUGAUGGAGGUUACACUUCCAGGUAG